AUGGCUUCAAUUUUCGGCAAUUCCAAAUUAUUCGUGUUCUUUGCGAUCAUUGCCAUUCUCCUUGUAUUCAAUAUUGAUUCCCACGAUUCACUCCCUCAUCACAAGAGAAGUUCCACUGGUGAUGCUACUUUCUAUGAAGUAGGCUUAGGUGCUUGUGGAAAAGUAAAUAACGAUAAUCAACUUGUUUGCGCCUUGAAUCACGAUCAAUUUGAUCCAUCGCCUGGUGGUAAUCCAAAUAAGAACAGGAGCUGUGGAAAAAAGAUAAAGGCGACUUUUGGAAAGAAAUCUGUUAUAGUCACCGUUGUGGACAGGUGCGCGGAUUGCAAGAAAGGUGACAUCGAUUUGAGUC